CAGCCUUUAGGGCCUUGUGGUUUCUCGAGCCGGGCAGCUUCGGGCUCCUGUCUGCUGAAAGGAGCCAGCAUGGCAGCCGCUGCAGGAGGCGGAGCCAGUCGUUGACCUGCCAGCAUCAAAACAGAGGCACAUUAUCUGAUCAAGCGUUCCAUCCUCUCUUCUUCUAGUCCCCCCUCCUCCUCAUUUUUCCUCUGUCUCCCUGCAUGUGAUCUAACUACACCAGUCGUUAUAGCGCUCUAUGCAUCUGUCUGUUUUGAUUGUGUCAGGUGUAUGAGAAUCCCAGGCUGAGCUAUCUGGUCGCCAUGGAGUACAUCAGGAUGCCCAAGGUGGAAAAUGUCCAUUUAAUUGAUGGAAUAUCUUCCAAAAGAGCUGCAUUAGGGACUCUGUAUCUAACAGCCACUCAUGUUAUCUUUGUAGAAAAUGAGUCUGACACUCGUAAAGAAACGUGGGUUCUUCACAGUCAAAUCUCUUCUAUCGAGAAACAGGCUACAACUGCAACUGGUUGCCCUUUGCUGAUUCGCUGCAAGAACUUCCAGAACAUUCAGUUCAUCAUGCCUCAAGAAAGAGAUUGCCAUGAUGUCUACAUAUCUUUAAUACGCCUGGCACGCCCAGUGAAAUAUGAAGAGUUGUACUGUUUUUCCUUCAACCCAAAAUUAAACAAAGAAGAGCGAGAACAGGGCUGGAAUCUGAUAAACUUGAAGGAAGAGUAUAAUCGGAUGGGGGUUCCAAAUAAGUACUGGCAGAUCAGUGAUGUCAAUAGGGAUUAUCAAGUGUGCGACUCUUACCCCACUGAAGUGUAUGUGCCCAAAUCAGCCACUGCCCAUAUCAUUGUGGGAAGCUCUAAAUUCCGUAGUCGGAGGCGUUUCCCAGCACUUUCAUAUUACUACAAGCAGAACAGUGCUUCCAUAUGCAGGAGUAGCCAGCCUCUGUCGGGCUUCAGUGCCCGAUGCCUCGAAGACGAACAGAUGCUUCAGUCAAUCAGAAAGGCCAAUCCAGGAAGUGAUUUCAUCUAUGUUGUUGAUACACGGCCUAAACUCAAUGCAAUGGCAAACAGAGCAGCUGGGAAAGGCUAUGAGAAUGAAGACAACUACUCCAACAUUAAGUUUCAGUUCAUAGGUAUUGAGAACAUUCAUGUCAUGAGGAGCAGUCUCCAAAAAAUGCUGGAAGUUUGUGAGCUGAGAUCGCCUUCAAUGAGUGACUUCCUCUGGGGGCUAGAGAAUUCCAGCUGGCUGAAGCACAUCAAAGCCAUCAUGGAUGCAGGCAUCUUUAUUGCUAAGGCUGUCGCUGAAGAAGGAGUGAGUGUUCUUGUCCACUGUUCUGAUGGAUGGGACCGGACAGCUCAGGUUUGCUCUGUAGCAAGCCUUCUGCUAGAUCCAUAUUACAGAACGCUGAAAGGAUUUAUGGUAUUAAUUGAUAAAGACUGGGUUUCAUUUGGUCAUAAAUUUAAUCACAGGUAUGGCAAUUUAGAUGGAGACCCAAAGGAGAUCUCUCCAGUUAUUGAUCAGUUCAUCGAGUGUGUUUGGCAACUUAUGGAACAAUUUCCUUGUGCCUUUGAAUUCAAUGAAAGAUUCCUAAUCCACAUACAGCAUCAUAUCUAUUCCUGCCAGUUUGGGAAUUUCCUGUGCAACAGUCAGAAGGAAAGGCGAGAGCUAAAGAUCCAAGAACGGACUUAUUCACUUUGGCCUCACUUGUGGAAAAAUCGUGCAGAUUAUGUGAAUCCUCUGUAUAGGGAAGACCACAAUAGGACCUUGCAUCCACAGUCAGCACCCUGCCAUUUUAUCUACAAGUUCUGGAGUGGAAUGUACAACCGCUUUGAAAAAGGUUUGCAUCCUCGGCAGUCUGUUACUGAGUACUUGAUGGCAGUGAAAGAAGAAACACAGCAAUUAGAGGAAGAGCUGGUGAUCCUAGAAGAGAGACUGGCAAAACUUACAAACAUGCAAUUGAAUAAUGGUGAGACAAAGGCAAACCAACAAAAAGGAAGCCACGACAUAGGACAUUCUACUUCAAACGACAGCAUGGCUAACACUCCCCAGGAUUACACUGGCAAUCUGAAAUCCUUCUCCUCCCGGAGCCCAUCCCAAGGCGAUGAAGAAGACUCAGCCCUCAUUCUUACACAAGAUAACCUGAAAAGCUCAGAUCCAGAUCUUUCCGCGAACAGCGAUCAGGAGUCAGGGGUGGAGGAUAUGAGCUGUCGGUCCCCAAGCAGAGGGAGCUGUUUGCCCAAUGAGGAUAGCACUAAAGACCGCGAUUCGGAUGAAGCUGUUUGCCUUACCGUCUGAAAUGUCAGAUGGCCAGUAGGUGACAAAGGACUGUACGUUUUAAAGGAAAGUCCAAAGAAAGAGAGUGGUGCACUUAAGGUCUAGAUGUAAUAUAGUUGUAAGGUAGAAUAUUAAAAGGAAAAUAACUUCUCAUAUUUACCUUCCUGUAUUUAGUACAUUCAUGUAAUUCAAAAAAUUGCUUCAUCUUCCUUUAAUAAUUUACAGAGCCAUACAGAAUGAACAUUUUCUAUUUAACUCAAAUUCUAGGUUAUUGUUUAGUUUGUCGACAGUAGUCCUGUUCCAAAGCAGCUUCAAGAAAACACGUUUAUGUAGACUACACCAAAACUAACCCAAAGACUUCCCCUCCCCAACACCAAAAAAAUCAGAAUCCAGCAUAUGAGAACUUGCCAUUUAUGUAUGAAUAUAGUUACAUAGGAAGCUGCCUUAUACCCAGUCAGACCAUUGAUCCAUCUAGCUCAGCAUACAUGGACAGGCAGUGGCUCUCUAGGAUUUCAGACCAAUCCUACCUGGAGAUGCCAGGGUUGGAAGAGACUCUGGAGAGCUGCUGCCAGUCAGUGUAGACAAUACUGAUCUAGAUGGAUGGGGUGCGUGUGCGUGCACCAGACCUUGGUAAUUAGGGGCAGAAAACAUUUAUUCUUGCCCACCCCCCAGCGCUGUCUCUGACUCUGAGUAGACUCCUUUUUCUUAUAUGUAAUGGCUAUAAUUCACUUUUUUUGGGGGGGGGGAUAAAACAAAGGUACAUAAUUUGCUUCAGGAGCAAAAUCUGUAUCCACCCAACACUCAAAGCUCUAGUCUUCAGUGAGAGAAACCUACAAUGCAAUGCACUGAACAUAAUUCAAAAUCUGACAAGGUGACUCGUUGGUUUUAAGCAUCAUGUUUUUAAAUCAACAUCCGGAUUUUAAUUGUACAUCUUUUCAAAAAGCAUUCAUUUAUUCUAAACACAGCCUGUGAUGUGUAUAAUAUCUAACGUACAUUCUGUAUGAUUUCUGUGUAUAGAAAAGAAAGGUAUCAAAACUAGAAGCAUGAGAGCACCCAGUUUGCAUAAAAGAAUUCUAUGUGAGGUAUAGUUGGUCAAUCUAAAGAUGAAAAAUAGCCAUCGAACUUAUUAAAAUGUAACAAUAUAUGCUAUAUUAUGCUGUGUAUACUUCUAGAAAUACAGGAACUUGAACUAUGAAUACUUAGUAAAAAUUGUGCAGCAUAUUUUAGUCUCCUAGCUUUACUGCUCUGUUCCUGCUGGUUUCACUUGGGAGCCCCGUACUCUUGAUUUUAGACAUUAUGGUUUGUUUUGUAUUGUAUUAAUGCUGCAUUAUACCACCUAAAUGAAGGUUGUUAAAAUAAUAGAUACAUAAGGACACACAUUUAUUAUACUCGGUUGUUCAAGUUUAGAUUAUAAUUUUGGAAAAUUCAAGCAUAUUCUUUCAGAAU